AUGUGUACGACAUUCGAGUUGACAACUGGACGUCCGGAUCUUCGUUGGUCCCAGGUGGAAAUCAUAAUUCAACAGGAUCUGCGAACAGGUGCAAUAGCAACCGGGACUACAGACAGCGCCAAUCCUCUUGGGGCCACUUUCAGUUUAAUCACCCAUGAAAGGGGAGAAAUCCCUUUUAGUGCUUAUGAUCGUACCAUUACCACCCCACUUCCUCCACAGACAGAAAUAGCAGUGUACUUCUCAAAGUACGUGACCAAACGUGCAAACACUGCCAGGAGUCCUUGUCACGAUGGCGCAGACGCGGCAUGGUUGGCUGAAACACUAGUGGAAACCGAUAAUGGAACUUUUCUCGAUUUCAUAGACCACCGCCGGUUGUUUAUUAAAAAGAAACCAGCUUGGCCGACAAAUACUGUACCCUAUUUGUCCGAUCACAAAGCCGCAGAUAUGCGAACCAACGAUCAGAGGCAACCAGCUUCACAAAAGAAUGCGAAAUCAAUUAGUCUUUUCAAUACAGAGUUUCUUUACAGUCGAGAGGCGUGUGGCUGGAAGGUGUGCUGCAUGAAAAUGGCAAUGGAAUGUGAAUGUACUUGUUCAAUGGAUUGGCUUCUGUCUACUGGGACAGACAAAUGUCCAAAUGAAACAUGUGAGCGCGUCUAUUGCAGUGAUUCUCCUGUUUACUAUGGUCAAUGUCCAAUGCCCUGCAUCAUUUCAAAGUUUAUAAAACAGAAUUCUCUUACAAUUGGACCACCUGAUUCCAAUCUUCUAGCAAAUACGUCCAACUUCAAACUCUUCCGGUCGGAAAAUGUUCAAGUUGCGGCAGAAGAGGAGAUCUACUCUUUGGCGAAGCUCUUCUCAGAAAUUGGUGGUCUUUGCUCCCUUUUUAUCGGCUUUUCGUGCAUUUUUAUCUUCGAGUUCCUGGAAGCAAUGCUGAUGAUCAGACGUGGCAAUAAAACAGAGGAGCAUAAGAGAAAGGGGGGAGAAAUAAUAGAGGAUCAAAUCUCAGAUUAUUGCUGCGCAGAAGAGGCAAAGAAGAUUGGAAAAGGUGCUGAAGUAGAGUCAUAUUCCAAUGUAACACUUGGCAAUCAUCAUCAAGAUAAAGUGCCACCGUUACCGCCUUCUAGCCCCUCCACAGAGGCUAGUGUGAUCUUGCCGGUCAUUUUGAGGUCAGGUCUUAUCACAAAUAAUCAAGGCAAUGGAGUGGAAAAACUUACACCCGCAGAGAUCAGUAGUAUGAGGGACGAUGCAUAUCUUCUGGCCGAUUCACAAGGUUAG